AUGUCAACUCGAACCGACUCCGCGGGUUUGCGACCGCCGCGAUCUCGUCGGUCGAUCGCUCAUGUCCCGCGGUCGAGGAUGACGUCCGGCCUGGACAAGGAGAAUGCGACCACAGAAAUUGGUGCAGCCCAGCCAUUCUUGAACAACACAAAGUCUGCCAUGAAAGAUAAAAAGUCUCGGAGCAAGAGUCUGGGGCCGGGCGGCCUUGAUGCGCUUCAGAAUUCCCAUGGCAAUCGUCGCCAGUCUACGGCCUCUUUCCCACUCAAAUCAAUUCUAAAACCUACAAUUCCUGUCUCUCCAGUGCGAAACAUCCCGUCGUUUGAGGAAACCCGCCGACGUACACCCGCUCGCAGUAAACAACAGACCCACGACGGUACGAUGGACGGAGAGGGUCAACGAGCUCCAGGAAAAGAGGAUCUUUUCAUUGACUUCGAAACAACACCAGGGCCUCCCGUGUCAGGAAAUGGAAAUGACGAUACUGCGAAUCCGUUUGAUACAUUCAAUGCAACUUCCGCAAUUCGCGAGGAGAUGGCUGCCACCAAAGAGCGCGAUGAACAAGAACGCAAAGAACGUGAACGACAGAAUAUCCUAGAGAAACGAGCGGCUCGAAGGAAAUCAAUGGGUCCGUUUUUUUCUUAUCAGCAUAUUGUGGAAGUGAAUAUUAACAUAUCUUUUACAGCAAACCGCCGGGUAUCAUUUGCCCCAGAGGCCACUCUACACACCUGGAAUGUGGUGGAAAUUCCAGACGACUCAACCUCUUCUUCGGCUGCAAACUCGACGAGACGUGCAUCCGCCGCAAAUCAAUCUGCCUCUACUUCGCCCGCUAAAGAUGCUCCAUCUUCACCAGCAGAAUCGGAAUUUGGAUUUUCGCCCGUGCGCACACAGGAUCUAAAUCAGAUAAGAGGCCGCUCAUCAUCGACGAGUGGCGAUGACGGCCUCCAGGACUUAUCAUCGAGUCCGUUCAGUGGAAGCUCGGAAGGCAGCGAAGACACUGGCGUCCAAAGUUUGGCCGAGGAAGACGAGGACGAUGGUGGUUCUUCGGGAUCUGAAGAUGGAUUCGAUGCCGAAAGUACUGCAAUGAGCAUGGAUGAUAUAACAGCGCGCUCAGGCGUCAGUGUGCAAUCAGACGCAACUUCAAGCUCAAGCUCAAGCGCUCGACUCAACGAAGCAUUGCGACAGGCGGCAAAGGAAGCAGGAACCGAACUUGACGAUGAUGAGGACGGGGAAAUGUCGAUGGAAAUCGCAGACCAAGAGAUCACGGGUGCUUUCCAGCCUUGGAUAAAAAAGGGCCAAAGACAAAGCUUCGACUGGGAAGAUAUCAGCGCACGGCAAGAUCAGGAGAACAGCAAUCCAUCCAAGGAUAGCUCGAUUCGGGACUUGCCGGAAUCUGAUGAUAUUGACGAGGACGAAGAUCUCAGCAUGGAUGUGACGAACGCCGUAGGACGCAUCCUUGGUAAGUCCCCUGGUCGUCGCCAGAGCACACUUCGUCGUCAAUCGCUGGCAGAGGAAUCCAAUUAUGGAGAUCAAACAAUGGAAAUGACCAAUGUCGUUGGCGGCAUUAGACAGGAGGAUUCACCAUCAAAAUAUUCUGAAAUUGAUAACGAUGAUGAAGGAAUGACAAUGGAGUUUACUUCAGCUGUCGGCAAAAUUCUAGGUCACAAGCCUUCUCAUACGCCUAACUCGGAUCAAAUGAAGGUUGAUCAAGACAAUUAUCAGGACAACGAAUCUGAUGAUGGCAUGGACAUGGAGAUGACUGGUGCGAUCGGUGGCAUCCUGCAAUCAGGAAUUGAAGCCAAUGACAAAGUACACGCGAAGCUGGUUAUGGAGCUCGAGGCUGACUCGGGCCAGCUUGCCAGCUCGCCUUUCCAAGACAAUGUCGGACAAUCUCCUGCCAAAUCUCCUGCCAAAUCACCCCUGGCUUAUCAAGUUGCUGCUGUUGCAUCUGGCAGUGGGAGCCCCAGUUUAGCAGCUGUGCAGGCUAGAUCUGCACGACGUGGCUCUACUACAGAUUCAAUGGGCGCACCUAGCUCGGCCAAGGGACAACAAUCACCAGACACCAAAGCUGUGACCCCACCAAAACAAUCUACGCCUCUAGCAAAACCUACUACCCCAAGCAAGACCCCUCCCUCCGGCAAUGUUAGUUUCAGAAGUGCUUCACCGAAGAAGCUCUUCCGGCCCGAACUCCAUCAAUCGGCAGACAAGCGCCAGUCUUUACGCCAAAGCUUAUUCCAGCAUAAUAUAGCAACUGGAGAGUCGACCCCACUUUUCAAGUUGCAACCACGCGAGAGCCGUCGCUCUUCUGGUCUAGGAAUCGACAAAGAAGGGCUUGGAUCUCCCCGUGUGACAGCUCUACUCGACAAGCGCCAGUCACUCGGAGACAGUACUCCCCAGUUCAUCCCGCAAGAACAGCCCCGGUCUGGUGUCCGUUUUGAGGAUCCUCUGCAAAUGCAGGCCGAGGAAGAACGUGAUCGCGAAGAAGAGGAACUCCGAGAAGAUGGCCAUAUUCCAGGUUUACAGUCAGAACGGGAUGCAACCUCAAGCUUGAAGGAUAUGAUCUCAAAUCUUAGUCCCAAAAAGACAAGGAUCGGCAGUCGCAAGAGCCUUCAUGUUGGGGCUGCUCGCGGAGUUCUGGGCAAGCGUCCUGUCGAGCUGGACUUGGAUGAAGAUGAAGCUGAGAAUUCGCCAAAACGACUGCGUGGCCAUAAUGUUAGUCCAGUCAAAGGUAUCAAACUACCGGCGCCAAUGGCCAAGGAUGGGAAUGUCCGGCGGUCAAUCCAUUCCCCCGUUCGUAGAGCUGCUAGUUCAUCACCUCUCAAAGGCAGUACCACGCCUUCCCAGCAACUCCGAGGUGCAUCCGAAACCUCGACAACCCCCCUCAAGCACGGCAUUGAUGCUCUUCACAUUGCUUCGGAUCCACAACAGCCAGCAGAGGAAGAAGAUACGCCUGCCCAGAAGGCCUCGGUGGACAGUGAGCCAAUUCAGUUGCAGGACUUUUUGAACAUGACCAAUAUUCAUUUCAUGGAACUUACUACCACAAAGAGGCGACACACGACUGCCCCUGGGAGUGCCACCAGGAAGCUGACACGGCGCUCUGGGGAGAAAAUGCCCAAACCAGGCUCCAUAACAUUUGAUGAUUGUGUGGCAGCUGGCUUUUGUACAGUGCCCAUGCUUGAACUAUACCAGCAUUCAUGCCGGGAGUUGAAGUCAUACAUCUCUGAAGGCCGGCAAGUGAUCCGCUCCAUCGAAGCAGAAACAUAUGCCGAGAAUCCAGCUCUGUUCCGGGAGUAUGUGACAGCUCCGCCAGAUAUCCGAGUUAUCAUGGACAAUCAGUUCCGAAACGUCAAGACCCAUGCCCGUCUGCUGAGCAAGGCUACAUGGUAUGAGUGGCGUAUGAAGCUACUUGAGGGGCUUAAGGAAGGACUCAACCGCCACGUAGAGGAAAUGAAAGCAGACGACGAAUUGCUAUCUGAACGAGAACAGCUUCUCAACAGCAAUGUGCCGAUCCUAGUUGAGAAGCACGCGUCUCUCGAGCAAGAGGCAACAAACCUACAACAGUUGGUAGAUGAGAUGGAGAAUUGUGAUCAAGACGAGCUGCGUAGCACGCGCAGCAAACUGUCCGAGGUGGACGCUGAGAUCGCAGCGAAGAGACGUGAACUUGAGCAGCUGCAGGAGGAAGUCCAAGAGAAAACAACCUUCAUCGAGGCUGGGGCUGAAAUGCGAGAUGAGUUCCUGGCCCAGAUCCAGGAGGCAGAGCGCCUGAAAGAAGAAUGCCGUGGCUGGAGUGCCCGGGAAAUUAACGAACUGAAGGCAUCUGUCCAACAGAUUCAACUUCAAACUGGCUGGUCGAUCGUCUCUGCCUCGGCACCAGCGGAUGCCCCGGCGGGACCAUCAUUAAAGAUGGCCUACCGCGACCAGCUCCAAUUCGAGUUUUAUCCUGGAGCCUUUGCCUCUAAAAACAGCAGUCAAGAUGAGAAGAAGAACUGCCCCAUUCAAUUGGACACCCAAAAGAGUGCCAAUAUCUCCCCCAUUGCAUCAUUAGUCCUUCACUCGCUUCAGCAUCACCUAACAACGAUCCAGCAAUCGACUGUCGCACCCAAGCAGCUCCUGCGGUUUAUCUCUAAUGCAUGGGACCGCACAGUCGGACUGGAAAAUGAAGCACGCAUGCUGGAAUUCUGUGGUGUCACCCGCCUCACCCUAUCCAAGCCAGAUGAAGGCUCCCUUUCUUUACGUGCGCGCUGCACACUCCUCGGCAAUGCCACCGCUGCUACACCUGGCCGUAAAGGCACUGCCCCGAAGAACAACAACAGUGCUAAGAGAAUCGAUGUCGAUUUCACUGUCCGGACCCGUAUUGAUCAAAACAAUACAGAGAACACUGUUGGCCUAUUGGACUUUGACGUGGAUGUUCUGGCAACGAAAGUCUACGGUUUCGGGACAAACAACAAAUCCGGUCUUCCAGACAAAGAGCUGCAAAGCAUCCUGGGCAAGGGUCUUGGCCGGGGAAACAAAGAUGUUCAGCUCGGAAAUGGUGUGUGGUGCAAGGCAGUCCGCACCCUCACAGGGUCUGUGUUUUAG